CUGGUAUUAUCCAAUUUUUUCAUUCUACUUUUCAGGUUCUGUCAAAAAAAAAAUACCAAGUAGAAAAAAAUGUUUCCUGUUAAACUUGCUCCGCCAAAGAAAAGACUAAUCCUUAUUUGUGUAGAUGGCAGUGAACACAGCACACGCGCAUUUGAAUGGUUUUAUUAUAACGUGUAUAACAAGGAUGAUACAGUUGGUAUUGUACACAUACAUUGUGUUCCUGAUGCACCAGCUCUUGGAUUGUUCGGUGGUGGAUUAGCUGCCCUUGAAUUAUAUAAAACAGAAGUAAACAAAAGUAUAAAAGCAAGCAAAGCUGUUGUUGAAAAGUAUGAAAACUUGUGCUCUGAGAAAGGGAUUAACCCAAAAUUAUUUGUUGAAUCUAUGCAGGAUUCUGUCGGUCACACAGUAUGCAAACUUGCUAAAGAAAAUGCUGCAACAUUGAUAGUCAUGGCUCAACGUGGGUUAGGCGCUGUUCGGCGCACACUCAUUGGCAGUGUUAGCGAUUAUGUUAUACAUCAUACACAUAUCCCUGUCACUGUUGUGACUACCUUGGAUUCUUAACAUUUUUUUCACGUAGCCAAAUUCGACAAUAUCCUGUAGACCUAAAACAAUGUUGCACAUCUUGUUUGUUGAUUAUUCUUUCUAUUUUUCUUAUUUUUUAUAUAUUUUUUUACUCGAUAUGUUAACGAUUUAUUUUAAUUACAAGCUUGGUUAUUCUCCCAAAAAAAUAUUUUUCUAUUUUUAUUUUGUUAUUAGAAGAAUGAAGGAAUUCUAACCAAAAAAAAUCUAACAAAAAAUCUUAUAUGUAGUCAUAUUUUUUGUAGGAAAAUUUUUAAUUUUGUUAUGUAGAACCUUUGGCACUGAAAUGCAAACUUAUCAAUUGACAAUUCACAGAUAUGUGAGAAUAUAGAAUUAUAUGAAUAAUGUAUGUAAGUUAUGAGGAAUAUGAUAUAAACACCCAUAUAUUUUUUGUCAGUAUAUUUAAUUCAUAAAAUGGUUUAAAAUUGUCUUGCAUCUUCGUAUGAGUAAGUUUUUGUGGUAUCAACAAAAACUCUAGCAAUAUGGUUAUUGUAAAAGGUACAAGGAAAAUUGUAGUAUCCAUUAGUUGUAAUAUCCAUUAAUUAGAUA